AUGUCCUGCCGCUCCUACCGCAUCAGCUCCGGCUGCGGGGUCUCCCGGACUUUCAGCUCCUCUUCGGCCGUGGCUCCCAGGGUCGGGGACCGCUGCUGCAUCAGCGCCGCCCCUUACCGCGGGGUCUCCUGCUACCGGGGACUGACCGGCUUCGGCAGCCGCAGCCUCAGCGCCGUGGGGGCCUGCGGACCCCGCAUCUCCAUGGGGGGCUACCGCCCCGGCUGCGGCCGCAGCUUCGGCUACCGUUCGGGCGGCGUGUGCGGGCCCAGCCCGCCCUGCAUCACCACCGUGUCGGUCAACGAGAGCCUGCUGACCCCGCUCAACCUGGAGAUCGACCCCAACGCCCAGGGCGUGAAGCACGAGGAGAAGGAACAGAUCAAGUGUCUCAACAGCAAGUUCGCCGCCUUCAUCGACAAGGUGCGGUUCCUGGAGCAGCAAAAUAAGCUGCUGGAGACCAAAUGGCAGUUCUACCAGAACCAGCGAUGCUGCCAGAGCAACAUGGAACCUCUGUUUAAUGGCUACGUCGAGACCCUGAAGCGCGAACUGGAGUGCGUCGAGGCGGACAGCGGCCGCCUCGUGUCCGAGUUAAACCACAUGCAGGAGGUGCUGGAGGGCUACAAGAAGAAGUACGAGGAGGAGGUGGCGCUGAGGGCCACGGCAGAGAACGAGUUCGUGGUGCUGAAGAAGGACGUGGACUCCGCUUACCUGCGAAAAUCGGACCUUGAGGCCAAUGCGGAGACCCUCACGGAGGAGAUCGAUUUCCUGCGGUCGCUGUACGAGGAGGAGAUCCGCCUGCUGCAUUCCCAGAUCUCGGACACCUCGGUCAUCGUCAAGAUGGACAACAGCCGGGAGCUGAACAUGGACUGCGUCGUGGCGGAGAUCAAGGCCCAGUACGAUGACAUCGCCAGUCGCAGCCGGGCCGAGGCCGAGUCCUGGUAUCGCAGCAAGUGCGAGGAAAUGAAGGCCACGGUGGUCCGUCACGGGGAGAGCCUGCGCCGCACCAAGGAGGAGAUCAAUGAGCUGAAUCGCAUGAUCCAGCGGCUGACCGCAGAGGUGGAGAAUGCCAAGUGCCAGAACGCCAAGCUGGAGGCCGCCGUGGCAGAGGCAGAACAGCAGGGCGAAGCGGCCCUCAACGACGCCAAGUGUAAGCUGGCCGGGCUGGAGGCCGCCCUGCUCAAGGCCAAGCAGGACAUGGCCUGCCUGCUCAAGGAGUACCAGGAGGUCAUGAACUCCAAGCUGGGGCUGGACAUCGAGAUCGCUACCUACAGACGGCUGCUGGAGGGCGAGGAGAGCAGGCUGUGUGAAGGCGUGGGAGCCGUGAACGUCUGCGUGAGCAGCUCCCGAGGCGGGGUGACCUGCGGGGGCUUCUCCUGCUCCACGACCCCCGGCCGACAGAUCUCCACGGGCUCCUCCAUGUCCGGGGGCAGCUACACCGUCAUGGCACCCGACUCCUGCGCCCCUUGUCUCCCCCGCGGCCCCGGUUUCAGCUGCGGGAGCAGCCGGUCUGUGCGCUUCGCCUAG